GAUGUGUGAUCAAUGAUAAGUUCCUGUUUUUGACUCUAAGACGAGAGCAAACCACAUAUUUGAGGUUUAGACGUCAUGCUACAGAAGGCAAGCUGUGAUCAUCCACUCAUAACGUGACAUACGGUUGGUUUAGUCUAGAAACACAAAGGCAAAGACUAGACAUUAUAAACUUAUUGCAUAUUUUGCCUGCUAAAAUGUUUCUUUCGAGGUUUGAAUUAAAACAGCUAUUAGAAGACUGCUGGACACAUACUAUUAAUGUCUUCACCACUGGACAAAAAGAUGAUUUUUGGACAUCGCUUCUCUUUUUUGGAACAUGUAGUAGUUUUAGUUUUAUCCUAAGCUCCUUCUUAUUUUUGAAUCUGUUUUGCAUUUUGGACUAUGAUUUGAAAGUAGCUGUUGGGAUUACUGGAUGCUUCGGUUUUCUGAUGACUAUAGCUCUCUUCCAUUCCAAGCAAGUAAGAUGCUAUGGGACACUAUUUUUCAUCUCAAUUUUUAUGAAGAAAAGUCGCAACUUACUGCUCACGGCUGGUACAAGUUUGGUUAUUUUUCAAAACAUCCGUAACACCUUGGAAAACUUGACAGGACUGACCAGGAGUUUAAUAUGCAACUUCAGGGCCAAGAAAGACGCUAUAACAUCUCCAUUUAGCAACUAUGUGAAGAUGCUGAAAUGGAUUGGGGAGAUACUGAAAGGUGUGACAGAUCUUGGCGUUGUCAAUUUGGAUUCCAAGCUCAAAAUUACUCCAAAAGUGGAAUCUGAAGUACUUCGGGAGAGACUUGCACAAGCUGAGCAGAUGUUGAAUCAAACAGUGAGGUAUACACAAGCUGUCAUGUCCACUGUCUCAUCUGUAUCCAGCAAAAUGUUCCCAGCUAUAAGCUUCUUAAUUUUAUUGACUUUUAUAAUGCUGCAAGUACGAAAAUACUGUAAAAAUAUGAAGUACAAAAACAAGUACAUUACCAGCAAAUUUGUGGAAUAUGAUAACAAAAGAAAAGCAGAGGGGAGACCGCAUGUGCUGCCUCUUACACCAGAAGAAGAGAAGAAAUAUACAAAAGUUCAAUUUGUACGACCCACUACCAAAGAACUGAAGACAAUAUGGAAAUUCUGUGUCCCCAUAGCAACCCAUUUUGUAGCAUGGACAAUAUUUAUAACAGUAGAUGCCGUGUUUUAUUUGUUUGUGGACAUUGUGACAAGCAAGUUAUCCGAGAUGGAACCAUUUCAUAUCCCUUUGAUUAUAAGCAUCAAAAAGGUUGCAUCUCUUGUGGGGAUCCAACUCAAUGAAGAAAACCACAUGACAGAUUUCUCUUACUCCAUAACCCUGUUUGAAAAGCAGUGCCUGCCCAAACCCAAACUGCUGCUGGUGAACUCCAUAGCCCCUUUAGUGGUCAUAUUGCUGGUGCUGCUGGUUAUGGCCGUCAUGACUGGAAAACUGUCUCACCUCAGACUCAUGGUGUGUGAGAAGUUUUUCAGUACUGUGGCAGAGGAAAGAGUGGUGUACUUGCAUGCUAAAAUACUGACGAAGAGGUUGAAGACGAGGAGAGAGAAAAAACACAGUGCUGACAGGACUUUUUUACAGCUACAUUUCUGGUGUCCACUGCUCUUUAAACCAAAAGUGGAUGGAAUCAGCACAGAGAAGUUUCAGUGGAUGCUGAAAGCCCAGAACGUAUCCCCUCUGUUUUCUCUGAGCAGCAGGAGUGUCUGGCAGAUCAAAAGUCAGAGAGGAGCCAGAGAUGCUUCAUGGUCAAGGGGAGCAGAGACAUUUAGCCAUCAAAAUACAGUAAACAAAUGCAGAAAACAGAAAGAUUUGAUAGGGAUGUUUAUGUCUAAUAGCCUUUAAGGAACAGAUCAUAAACCGCCUUCUCCGUAUGAGACACAGUAUUUUUUAUGUGUUAUGUGUUAAUGAUUGUAGCCUAAAUCAUUAAGUCAAAUAUCUAUUCAUAGUUGCCAAUUGCUAUGGGUCUAUUUUAGUUAAAUGAUAAGAACUGGCAACCUACUUUUUAUUUAAUUUAUAAAAUUAUUUAUUUAUUUUUAUAAUUUAUUUUAAAUAUCUACAGUAGGAACACUAAAUGUUAUGAUUUACUGUUUAUGCUAACACAAGUUUUAAGCAUUAAUAACAAUUACUAAGAAAUGUUCAAAAUCGAAGAGAAUCGAAAAUCAGCAGUCCAAAAUUGAAAGAUGAAUGGAAUCGUGACUUAAGUGAAUCGUCCCAUCCAUA